GAAAACGGGCAGCUAUGCCGCGCGGCCACAGAGAACGGGCUGGUCGCGUCCGCUUGGAACAACGGUCGUUGCACCGGAGGACUGACCCGGGGACUGCUGGACCGGGAGGCUGCUGACAGGCGCUUACAGCGACUCUUUCCCCGGGGAUAACCUCCUCCUCCUCCUGAAACCUGCGGCCAAAAAAAAAAAAAAAAAAAAAAAAAACGCUCGACGAAUCCGCUCUUUCUCCAGUUUUCCCCCCUCGCUUUCACCUUCCUUGGCUUUUUCCAGCUCGGCAAAGAUAGAGAAAGAGAGAGAGAGAGACAGACAGAGACAUCGGCAAUGUUGCUGCUACACGUCUAGGAUUUAUUCCCGUCUGUGUGUUUGUUUUUUUGUACGGACUGUGAAUAAAAGUGAAGGCGGACAGUCAGCCACUCCAGCGGGGUUCACUAUGGUUGUAUCGACACUCCGCAGUAGGAGAUGUCUUAAUAGCUGCUUUAUGGGGACGUUAUGCUUGCAGUUGUUGCUGUGGAUUUUAUGUGCCGUGAACGGAGAGGAGCAGCCGUUCAGUGUGGAGGCAUGGCUCCAGAGGUACGGCUACCUCCCUCCUGCAGACCCCAGAAUGUCAGUGCUGCGUUCUGCCAGAGUCAUGCACUCUGCUAUCGCUGCCAUGCAGCGCCGCUAUGGCCUAAAUGUCACAGGGAUUCUGGACAGCAACACUGUAGACGAUAACACCAUAAGGUGGAUGAGGAAGCCCAGGUGUGGGGUUCCUGACCAGAUAGGAGGAGCAUCCAAAUUCAGUGUCAGAAAACGGCGGUACGCUCUCACGGGUCAGAAGUGGCAACAUAAACAUAUCACAUACAGCAUAAAGAACGUGACACCCAAAGUGGGUGCAGAGGAGACCCACGAUGCGAUUCGACGAGCAUUCGACGUGUGGCAGAACGUGACGCCGCUGCGCUUUGAGGCCGUUCCCUACAGCGAGCUGGAAAGGUCCAAGAAAGAUGUAGACAUCACCAUCAUCUUUGCUUCAGGUUUCCAUGGAGACAGCUCACCCUUUGAUGGCGAGGGGGGCUUCCUGGCGCACGCUUACUUUCCAGGGCCUGGAAUAGGAGGCGACACGCACUUUGACUCGGAUGAGCCGUGGACGCUGGGCAACCCCAACCAUGACGGUAACGAUUUAUUCCUGGUCGCCGUCCACGAACUUGGCCACGCACUUGGACUUGAACACUCCAAUGACCCCACAGCCAUCAUGGCUCCUUUUUACCAGUACAUGGACACGGACAACUUCAAACUGCCUAUGGACGACCUGCUGGGUAUCCAGAAGAUUUACGGGCCACCUGAUAAGAUCCCACAGCCCACCAAGCCUUUGCCCACGGCGCCUCUUCCUCGCUCCCAUCCGCCCUCUGACCCUCGUAAACCAGACAGGCAGACACGACCCCCGAGGCUUCCCCCGGGGGACAGACCGUCACACCCCAACGCCAAACCAAACAUCUGCGAUGGAGGCUUCAACACGCUGGCUAUACUGAGGAGAGAGAUGUUCGUCUUUAAGGACCACUGGUUUUGGCGGGUCAGAGAUAACUCUGUGAUGCCGGGAUACCCCAUGCUCAUCAGUGUGUUCUGGAGGGGCCUGCCACCCAAGAUAGAUGCCGUUUACGAGAACAGCGAGGGGAAGUUUGUUUUCUUCAAAGGUAAGCAGUUCUGGGUGUUUAAGGACACGGUGUUACAGCCUGGAUACCCAAAGGACAUCACCCAAUUUGGCCACGGCAUGCCAGCACAGAGCAUCGAGACUGCUGUGUGGUGGGAAGAUGUGGCCAAGACCUACUUCUUUAAAGGGGACAAGUACUGGCGUUACAACGAGGAAAUGAGGACCAUGGACCCUGGCUAUCCAAAGACCAUCACAGUGUGGAGGGGUGUGCCUGAAUCACCACAGGGGGCCUUCGUUGACAAAGCCAAUGGUUUUACUUACUUCUACAAGGGGAAGGAGUAUUGGAAGUUUAACAACCAUUUCCUACGUGUGGAGCAGGGCUACCCCCGCUCCAUCCUCAAAGACUUCAUGGGCUGUGAGCUGACGCGCAUCGACCCCGGCCGCCCGCCGGUCGGUGAUGGCAACUCAGACGUGGUGAUCGAGCUGGAUAACGAGGCCAGCACGGUGAAGGCCAUCGCCAUCGUCAUCCCCUGCGUGCUGGCGCUCUGCUUGCUGGUGCUGGUUUACACUGUGGUGCAGUUCAAGAGGAAGGGCACGCCGCGCCACAUACUGUACUGCAAACGCUCCAUGCAGGAAUGGGUCUGAAACAUGGGGUGGGCGGGGUGGGGCGAGGGUGAGAAGAAAACCAGGACAACGGCCCUCGAGUUGUGCAGGGAAGAGGACAGCUGACGUUGGACAGCUUUAUUAAAAGACAACGUCCUCUUGGGUUGUCUGAUUCGUUCAUUCAGACCUGCAGAAACAGCCAGAAAGUCUGACUGUAAUCCCUCACAAGGUGAACCCAGAACUUCAUGCUGGCCCCCAGCCUUUUUAACAAACACGGGGGCAGAGGGGAUGUUUGCUGGAGAGGACAUUUUGUCCAAGUCCAGAAACAAAAAAAAAAAAGAACAAAAAAAAGAGGGUCAGCAUCGCUUUGUAUCUCAGAAACUUGACUUCCAGUCAUCUUUUAUUUCUCUGCCCACCUGUUUCCAGUCAGAGGGAGGACUUUCAGGGGGACACACUCUUCCCACUGGGCACUGCAUCGUCAUAUCAGGUCAUCGGGGAAACAACACUUUUCUAUUUUCUAAUCCGGGUGCCCCUCCUUCACAUUCUGACGCCACUCUUCAAAGCUUCAAACCCCUUCCUGUUUCAAUUUUUUUCUGUUUAUGAUUUCUGAUUAAAAAAUUGAAUUGAUUUGAGAAAGGAGGUCCUCAUUGUUCCCUUUAAAACGCCCGUGAGACAAAACUAAACCAAAUGACGUCAGUUUCUCUCCAAAGAGGAUCGCAUUUUAUCAUUAUUAUUAUUAUUAUAUUAUUAUUAUUAUUAUUAUUAUUUGGAGUUUUUGAGUUCUUCUUUCCCUUUUCUCUGGAUCCUGCAGUGAUUAAGAGUCAGGGAGCUCUGACUGUUGUGGCAGUCUGUUUGAGAGACAGGGGCCAAAUUAUUCUGCAAUAUUUUAACUCGCCUUAAUUAUAAAUCAUGCUACUUGUGCUUGAUUUUACAGGUUUUUGGCUUUUCUUUUGUUUUUUUGUUUUUUUUUUUUGUUUUUUUUGGCUAUGUUUUUUGUUGUUUUUUUAUUUGUAUACUGCUUUUGUUGGAUUUUAAGAGGAGCUAAAUAUGUGCUUCUUGUGAUUGGUAUUUUUCUGGAUUUUAUUAUGUUACCCAGAAUCCUCAGCACUGGCUUGCUGAGCCUUUCUGGAAAAAACCUACAGUAGGAUAAGCCUGUAUUGAGAUGUAUUGUAUUGUCGGAAGGUUCUGGAGUAAAGCCACUAUUUUGUGUGUUCAGAUAUUCGUUACUGUUACUUUCUGUGAACUUCCACGCAGCAGAAACCGGGCUAUCAGUGUUCAUUCAGCAUGGCCGUUUUGUUUGGUCACCUGCAAACCAGUUGGCUGCCUUGGUCGAGACCUCACAGUUCCCAGAAUGCUCUUGUCUCCUAACCGAGGAUCCACAAAUUGAGACGAGUCAAGCUCAGUGCCUGUGUCAACGUGCAUGCAAGCAUUUACUGUAAACCCAACCGGUUCUGCUCAGCUCGGCUUUGGAUCCCCCUUUUCAAUAACUGAGGAGGUAGUUUCCUCUUGAAAAUAGUUUGGGUUUAUUUUUGUACCUUCAAAGUGUACCCCAAUCCCCCACCUUCCUCCUCACAGGUACAAUUAAAUCAAAAAGUAAGAAAUAAACAGAUUCAAGUGGUACAUUUGUGAAUUUACUUGAAAAUCCAAGCAGUCGAAUUGGCCCCAACACAGUGUCCUCGCUGUAGCAGCAAGAAGUCUUUGAAUGUGUGUUUUUCAUGAUCACAUACUGGUUUUUUCUUUCUUUGCUGUUUUCUGGUCAGAACAAAUUGGACGUCUCACAAUUACUUCUUUGUGUAAGACUCUGGGACGACAGAAAAAUCAUGUCCUGACUGAAUGAAUAAACUGAUCAAUAUAUGACGACGA